GGGAUGUCUCGAACGUCUUGACCAGAGAUUAUCUUCAACCUGGAAAAUCUUCUUCUUCCGUCCCUCCCCGUUGUUCAGGAUCCCGGCAAUCCCCACCCAUUCAACACCAUCACCAACAGUUUCAGUUGGCAGCAGUUCCCCCAGAAAACAUGGCGUGACACGAUGGCUGUCUCGAAUUACGAAAGAGCACAAAAUCUUUCCCGGGGGAAUAAUUCUAAUUCGACAACGUUAGUGAGAAAACCUCGUUCAGUAGUUCAUUUAAUUCUCUACUGUGCGUACACGAAUAAAUGUAAAAUGAAUUACGACAUAACAUGGAUUAUUCCAAAAUUGAGGCAACCCACGAGAAUAUGGCACUUUGCUAGCUCUUUAACAUUCGCCGCUGUUGGAAUAUUCUCCAAAAUAAUUAUACAGUGGCUGAAUAAAACGACGGUCUUGUUGAAAUGGGGAAUAGGGAGAUUGAUAAUGGAGUCACCAGUAAUGCCAUUAGUUGUACCAAUUUAUCACAUUGGAAUGGAUGAAAUCCUACCUAAUGAACCGCCGUACAUGAUACGUGCUGGAAAGCGUGUGACGCUGUGUUAUGGUGAGCCAAUAGACUUUGGUGAUAUGUUGAAGGAGUUGAGGACUGCCGAUGCCAGUGAAAUAGAAACUAGGAAGGCCAUAACUGAUCGAAUUGAUGAGGAACUUAUGAGGUUAAAAACGAUCACAGAGGAUCUCCACGUUAGAUCUUGACGUCCAAGUGACGGCCCAGGUCGUCACUCCUAGAAUUAAAUUGGGUCAAGUUAAAUUGAACGUUCGAGAUAUAAUUGAAAGUGAAAAAUCGAACAAUUAAGAACAAUCAAUGAUGUUUCACUGGUAUUUAAACUUCAUAUGGACAUCAUCUUUAUACACCUCCGUAGCCCCAGGGAGAUUGAACAAAAGGGAAAAAACUUGAAAAACUAAUGCAAUUGGUAUCACAAGGUCAAGAGCCAUCGAAUCAGGUGAUUAAUUACAUUGAUUAAGUUUUAAGUACAGUAGAGCUACUGUUUUUGUAGAUGUCGUACGCAACUAGAGGCCUAAAUGUCUCUGAAAUGUAAAUAAAAUAUAAUUCAGUGCAUUAUUUUAAUGAAAUCUAUUUACGUUUGAGGCUGGACCACCGAUAACUCGGGAAUUAUCGAAUUUAGAGGAAAAUAUUCGAGGAUUUUCUUUAUACGAUUUUUUGAGAGUUAUAAAAGGUUUUCCGGUUUUUCCUACAAAUUUUUAUUAAUCUGUUAAAAAUAGGUUUAUCCAUUUAAACGACGUUUCAACUUUUUUUAUUCUUGAAAUGAAUAGUUUUAAAAAAGAAUUUAAGAGGCUGACGAGGCCUGAGAGCAGAUACAAAAGGCAUCAGACAUUUUUCCAUAAAUCCAGUCAUUUCCAGAAGUACAAGAGAGUCAUCACGCAAUAAAGUGUUUUUAUACUUAAGUGCCUUCAUUGCACUAGAAUUGAACAGGUGAAGAUGUUUCUAUGAAUAGAAGUGAAAGAAGUGGGUAAUCGUGUCAAGUAAACGACACAGGCCAUCCAAAAAUGCUCCUGAUGCUUUAUAAAUGGAUUAUUUAAAUAUUCCGAAAUGACUCACAAUUUUAAUGGUAUAUUUAUGGUUUAAAUUAUCUCUAAAAAUAAUUGAGAAAUGCAAACUGUAGUGGAAAUGAAUCACGUCAUGUGUGAUAAUCAGAGAAAAAAACACAAUAAAUUUCUUCGAUCAAAAAAAAUGGAAACUGACUAUUUCCUUUAAUUGAAAGAAUAACAAUGCAACUUCAAAGCAAAUAUUAUAUUACGCAUAUUUUAAUAUUCACAGUUCAGAUACACAGCACAUACAACGUCGUUAAACAUAUGUUUGUUCAUGAUUUGUAUUUCUAUACGCAAACAACUCGAAAUUCAUUGGCGGGUUUCUCCUUGGCACAUACACAUCCUGUUCAAUGUUUUCAAAUGUUUCUUUCUUCUUUGUAAACUGAUCACUCAUUCCGUUGAUGAUCCCACAUGUUGAUGCGAGGUUUUUGCACGUAAUUAACUCUUU